AUGGGGAGCGACGGCGCCGGAGAAGAUUCCCACCCCGAGCACGCUGUCCAGAUCUGGGAAGUAAAGCCGGACCGGCUCGCCGCGAUGCAUGAGAAAAUCUCAGCCACGCCGAAGAUGCUGAGCAAGUGGGCCGGCCACCCCUCGUGCUCCAUCUUCCGUGUUCCACAGAGCCUGAUCAACAUCAACGGCCGGUCCUAUCACCCGCACAUCGUUUCCAUCGGCCCCUACCACCACGGCCAGCCCCACCUCCAGAUGAUCCAGGAGCACAAGUGGCUGUUCCUCGCCGCGCUAUUACGUCGAACACAGGGCAGGGGUUUAGAACUUGAAGACUAUUUGAAGGCCAUUUACCCUCUGGAGCCCGAGGUCAGAGAGUGCUAUUCGGAAAUUAUCCAUCUAACCGCCGAUGAGUUCACCGAGCUGCUCGUCCUCGACGGCUGCUUCAUUAUUGAGUUGUUUCGGAAGUACGGAAAAGUGGUUCCGGUCGAACCCGGCGACCCAUUGACUUCCAUGUCCUGGGUAUAUUCGUUUUUCUUGAGGGACUUGAUUCGGAUCGAGAACCAGAUUCCGUAUUUUAUUCUGCAGGAACUGUUCGAUUUAACAAGAAUGCCAGGGGAAGAGUCCGGCCCAUCCCUGUCGGACCUCGCGCUCGGCUUCUUCAACAACACCCUGCAGAGGCCGGAUGAAGUGAUCGAAAAAUAUCGUCACCUCGACGCCCGGCAUCUCCUCGACUUCCUCCGCUCGUCCUUCAUCCCCCUGGACCAGCCGGAACCGAGCAAAUCGGGGUCGACCCGGGUGAUCCAAUGCAUCUCGAAGCUCCGGCGAGCAGGGAUAGAGCUCAAGCCCAACAAAGCCGAGAGCUUCCUGACAGUCCGAUUCCGGCGCGGCGUGAUCGAGAUGCCCACGGUGUCCUUGGACGACUUCUCGAGUUGCUUCAUGAUCAAUUGCGUCGCGUACGAGCAGUGCCGGAAGAAUUGCUCGACCCACUUCACGACCUACGCGACGCUGAUGGAUUGCCUCAUCAACACGGCCAGGGACGUGGAAUACCUGUCAGACUGUUCGAUUAUCGAGAACUACUUCGGCACCGACGCAGAGGUGGCUCGCUUCAUCAACAAUCUGGGGAAAGACGUGACAUUCGACAUCGAUAAGUGCUAUUUAGCGAGAUUGUUUGACGAAGUGAACGGGUAUUACAAGAACGGGUGGCAUGUGCAGUGGGCGGGGUUCAGGUACAGAUAUUUUCGGAGUCCCUGGUCGUUCAUCUCUGCUUUAGCGGCGUUUGUUCUGCUGGUGCUUUCGGUGUUGCAGACAUACUACACCAUGAUUGGGUAUCUUCGUCCUGGUCGCUCAGGAAACUAA